AUGGAAGUACUCCUGGAAUUUAUACUUGCAAAAAUAGGGAAUUACUGGCACUUUAACCUACCCAGCGAGCAAAAGGAACUCAAAACGGAAUUGGAAGACCCUGAAGGCGAUGGAAAGGGAAAAAAAACCAAGGCUGCCCAGAAGGGCCUCCAGGUCACCCAGGCUGGAACUGGGGCUGAGUUUCAGUUCCAGAAGCUCUUGAAACCAAUCAAGCAGGAACUGGAAGACGAACGGCAACAGCGCUGGGAAACCCAGUGGCAGAAAUUCCUGAAGACCAUGCAAGCUCCUUAUUUUUCAGAAAGAUGUCCACACCUGGCUCGAUGUCCACCACCGGAGGAGAUUCCUGAAGAAUUCCGAGCUUCUUUCCCCUCCUUAAAGGGGAUAGCAGAGACCAAGCUAAGAUCUAGUAGAGAAAAGGUAUUCAACCAGAAGACCUGCAGGACCUGUGAGAAGGACCCACAUUCUCCCGUGCAAGUCAAAGAUGAGAUUUGGGAUGAGGACAUAGAUAGCUUGGGAGAACAGAGCCAGUGUUUCCGUCAGUUCUCCUACCAGGAAGCUGAAGGGCCCAGAAAUGUUUGUGAGCAGCUUUGGAGAUUUUGCCACCAGUGGUUGAAGCCAGAGAGGAACACCAAGGAGCAGAUCUUGGAGCUGGUGGUCCUGGAGCAGUUUCUGACCAUCCUGCCUGAGGAUGUACAAGGUUGGGUAAGAGAAGGCAGACCCCAGACCUGUGCCCAGGCUGUCACUCUAGCAGAAGAUUUCCUCCUGAAUCUACAGAGAAGACAGCAGGAACUGGAGCCGUAUGAAGAGGUGGUUGUUAACUCUCCCAAGGCAGAAUUGGACCCAUCAGAUACAGAGGAGCCGGGGAACUGCGCAGAGGUUGACCGUGAUAGUGAUUUUGGCCCUCCCUUCUUCAGUGAUGGAGACAGGAGCUGGAGCCACCACCCAGAGGAAACGGAGCGCGGAGAAUCAAGCAAGAUAUCCCCAAAAGACGUACGAGGACGAACUAACCCAGAUCCUUGCUUCGCCGCAGGACAUGAGAACGAGGAGGUGAAUCUUCAUCCGGAAAGUGUCCAGGCGGCUGAAUUCAGUGACAUCUCCUCAGAAAGAGGCGGCAGAGGGACAUUUCUCCGGGUACCUGAAGUAGCAGGAAGGCCUGGAGGUCAGGAGAGACUGAGACACUCCCAAGGAAACUCAGCCAGGAAGAUGCCAAGAAAAAAAGCGGUUUGCAAGGAAGGUGAUUCAGACAGAAGCCCCAGCCGGAAGAGAGUCCCUGAGCACCUCUCCCAAAAGGCGGCCGCUGAGGGCGUGAGAAAGAGCGGCCCGUGUGUUGACCUCGCUCAACCAGCCAAGACCCCGUCUUACGAAUGCUCCUACUGUGGCAAGCGGUGGCCCUGCCAAUCCCAACUCCGCCGGCACGUCAAAAUCCACACAGGCGAGAGGCCUCACAAAUGCCCAGACUGUGGGAAGAGUUUCAGCAACAGCUCGAACCUCAGCCAGCAUAAAAGGGUGCACACUGGGGAGAGGCCUUAUAGUUGCAAAGACUGCGGGAAAAGCUACCGACGGCGGGCCUCCCUGGUCCAGCACGAGAGAGAAACCUGCCGCAAAGGGAACCCUUUAAACGCACCGGCGGUCGGGUACAUUGUGUUGGGGAACUGCACCUUGCUGUGUAUGAAGAAAAUGGCGCAGAGCGGGAAGAACCGGGUGAUAGCACCAAAGGGGGCAGAGGCCCCUCUUGCAGCUCCGCCUCUUAACCUAAUAAUGGGAUAUUCACAAGAGAAGAGCCAGGCUGGCAGUUAGAGGUCUAGAAACCUGGAAUUGGAGAUGUGGAUAUGCUGUCUUUUGAUCAAACGGGGCCUCUUGGCUGGGGUAGAGGAACACCGAAACAAAUCUGUGGGAAAGAUAUGGGAAGGGGAAGGGUUGCUGGGCUUGAGGAGAACUGCCCUGUUUUCAUUUCCAGCAAAACCCAAACAUGGAACAAGGAGCAAGGCAGGAGGGCAGAGGGAUGGAAGUGAUCCAACGGAGGGCAUUUCUGAAAGAUUUCCACAAGCAAGGAGGUUUGUUAGGCCUCCUGACUUGGAAAAGGCGCCAAGAAUAAAUAAAGGUUCUGCCUGGAAGGAAGCUUCCCCUGGAAAUGUGUUGGGCCUGUUUGCAGGGUUUACUAAGCCUUUUAAGGUGCACCAAAGGCAGCACAAUAUCCUAGCUUGGGACAGGAAGGUUUUGUAGGAGCCUGCAUGGCAAACGAACAAGAAAAAUUCAGAGCCUGUCCAAAUGCACUUGUCUGCAACUCUUUAAAGAGGCUGAGUUUUUUCCCCCCCGCUGGCUUGUAUGUCUCUCCUAGAAAAAAGACACUCAGUUUCAGGAUGCACUGAUAGGAGCAGUGCAGGUGUGCUGUCCCAAGUCACCUGUUCCAUUUGAAACUUCGGAGUCAUGCACAGUAUUAAUGUCCUGUUGUUUGACGAAUGCCUUGGCAAGUGUUAGCAUUAUUCUUUGGCAGCUUAAAUGAUCUGUAGGAGUGCAAAUCACAGAGGUUCGGUCAGUUUGCAGACGGUCGUUCAAAAGGAUAAGAUGUAACUGGGCCCUUAGGGGUUAAAUUUAUGUUUUACUGACAAAG